AUGUGGGGAGAGGCGACGGAGCUUGUUGCGUCGCUCCCCUCGCAGCAGCUGCGCAGCGAUGUCGUCAUCCACAGUGCUGCCGUUAGCGCCUGCGGCGAGGCCGAGCGAUGGCGACAGGCCAUGGACCUUUUCGCCAUGCGCGAAUUCUUGAACGUGUCCACGGCUCUGACGGUGGCGGUGCUCUGCGCCGCCACCCUGCUGCUGUCGGAGGCUCCGGCCUUCACCGCAGGAGUGACUGGCCACGGCGCACCGCAGCACGGCCCCGGCCGCAUCUCCUCUGCAAAGGCCACCUUUGCCUCCGCUCACGAGGCUCUGGGCACCCAUGGCGUUCUCUGCUUCGGCAUGGGCUUCGGUGCGCUGGUCGCUGUGGGCCGGGGCCUUGCCGCACGUCGCGCGCAGGGCUCUGACAUCGCGGUGAAGGAGACGGCGGACAUUUCCAAGAUUGCUUAUCUGCAGGACACCACCCGCCUCAACUCGGAGAAAGAGCUGCAGGAGAUUGAGGAGUACGAGAAGCUGAUGAUGUCAGGCAAGGUUCCCUUUGCUGUGCCUGGCCCCUCCGGCUACUUCUUCACGGGCUUUGUCACGCAGUGGAAGGGCAAGGAGCCCUUUGCAGGCGACCAGGUCAUCACCUUGACGGAGAGCGGACUCUUUGCGAAGCAGUUCCUCAGUGCCCUGGCCUUCUAUCGCGAGGGCUUGAAACCUUGGCAGCGAGGAUUGGAGAUCGGCAUGGCCCACGGUGACCUGGCACCCCCAACGAGAAAGCUGCGGGAGCCUUCUUACAAUUCGCUGGUGAAGUCCAUGCUUGGGCGGAUGCACCCGGUUUCAGGGCUUCACGGCGAACUCCUAGGUAAGCGGGUGGGACCAGUAGGCACACGAGCAGAGCAUUUGGGGCUGAAAGGGAACACGCCUGAGGCCUUGCACGUCUCAGGCUUUCGGGUCUUCAGCUUGAUGGGCGCCUACACUACCGGCCCAAGUGUUCUUGGCCUGUGUCUCAACCUUCGAGCCUGGACACCCCAGUGCAAGAUGCGCGAAGCCCAUGCAAGUAGCCGGGAACAUCGGCUGUUCAUCACUGCAUUGGCGGACUUUGAGAGGCUGCCACGGUCGGAUUGCUUUGCGGCUGCGCUAUCGUUGGCAUUGUUUCCGCUCGGAACCCAGUGCAGACUGGAGCAAGACUGGUUGGUCAGUACGUGCAUUGGUGGAUUGAUCUUCGGCUCUACCAUCAAGCCUACUCGCUUCGACAAGGACGGCGACAAACCGGGAGCCGGCUUCAUCGAGAUGAUCAAUUGGCAUGCCGUUGGGGGUUUGGGUGGAGCUGGCUUCGCGCAUGCUCUCAUCACGGCCUCUUGUCUGCACGAUGCUGAGCAAAUCUUGCGAAUGGUCCGAAUCGAGAUGCAACAAGCUGAGACGAGCUUCUUUUUGAAGGGGAAGGAUAAUGCGGAUAAGGCGUGGCAUUUGUCCCGGGAUGACAGCCAGGCACGCAGGUCCAGGGACCAUCCAGUGCCUUGUACAGGCUCAAAACGAGCGGCCCCUGUGCCAUCGCAGUUUGCUGAGGAUGGUUCCGCCCAGACGGCUGCCAUCUCUGCUUGUGCAGAGGUUGGCCAGUGGCAGCGUGCUGCCCAGCUCCAGUGGCGUGGGCCGAAGGAGCCAGGCGAUGUGGCCAUCUUCGGUGCAACCUUGUUUGCGGCGGCUGCUUCUUGGCCACAGGCUCUGACCAUACAGGUGUCACUGCAGGACGCCGGCUUACAGGGCAACGCCAUCACUCUGAACUCCCUGGCGCAGGCCUUCCAGCUCGGCAUGCAGUGGCAGCGGGCCGUCAUGCUGCAGGAAUGCUGGGUGACGUCGGAGGGCGAUCCAUUGGCUUACAGCACCCUUUUCCAGGCAUGUGCUUUGGCGGCGGCCUGGCCUCCCAUGCCAGCCCUGGGCUCUCGCCUCCGCCACUCGCUGCUUUUGGCGCUGCGGCCCUGUGAGCCCGCGGCGAAGUAA